AUGACGGCAAGGACGCCCUCCAAGGCGCACAUGCACGAGCUGCACAAGCGCCAGUCGCAGUCCACCACCCACGCCGUGCAGACCGAGACGGUCGCCACGCAGACCGACGCGACGGGCAACCCGGGCACGGGCAGCAAGAAGAAGAAGAAGAAAAAGAAGAAGAAGAAGAAGAGCGAUACGAUCAGCGAGCUCGCGAGCGAACGCGCGAGCGAGAUUGGCCUCGAGGACGAGGAAGGCCAUUCGGAUAGUGAGGACGAGUCGGUGACCGUGCUUGUGCGCAGCCAUCGCUCCAACAGCGCUGAAGUCGAGAUCGAGCGCAGCCAGCAUGGCACUACCGUCACCGAGAUCCCGUCCGAGCGCGAAGCCUACUUGAGCCUUCCGCUCUCGGUGCGUCUCGAGAAGGCGGCGUCGCACCCCGACUUUAAGGCUGGCCUUCAUGGCCUUCUCGAGUGGAGCAAUGCGCACCUUUCGCCGGACGUUGUCGACAUCUUCUUCCAGAGCAAGGCGCUGAAGCUCCUUCUCGAGAAUCUCUUCCGCGUCUGCCCCGUGCACAGCCAUCUCUUUGACAGCCUCACGGCGCUCUUCGCCAACCUUUUCGCGGGCACGUACCCGUUUGAGCUCGCGGACGGCCGCAAGACGGGCAACAUCAAGGCUGCGCGGCUCGUCGUCCAAAGCAUCCGCUCCACUGUCGACUCGCUGCGGUCGCUCAAGCGCUACAAGGACAAGGCGCCGAUGGUCGCGUCGCUCAUCCCGCAGGUGUCGGCGUCGCUGACGAAGCUCAUUGUGAUCCACCAAGCGCAGAACGCGCUGCAGCCCUCGGACGGCUACGACCUCGCCAACAACAUUCUCAAGCUCGACGAGACGCUGCAAGGCAUGAUUGCGACUGAGAAUGCGAUCCGCGGCCAGACGAUCCGCGACACGUUCCGCCGCCGGGACCUGCGCGCGGACGCAGUUGCCGUCAGCGGGCAGCGCAUGACAUCGCUUCUGUCAUUGGUCGUGCAGGCCAAUGCAAAGCGUGCGACGAGCGUGGCCGCCACGCCCGAGCUGGCGCCGUCGGCUGCCGGCGGGAUCCCGGCGCUGGACCUCGACGGUCAAGACGUGACGUCGAUCGAAGCGCGCUUGAGCCAGCUCCACAAGGAAAAGGUCGCGCAGCUCGCGCCGUGGCAAGAGAAGAAGGACAAGGUCUCGAACGAGCUCAUGGAACUCAAGCUUCUCCAAGACGAGCUCCGCAAGAAGCUCGCGGACGUCGACUCACGCCUGCACAUCUUGCAGCACCUCCAUGGCGACAUGGUCGGUGAGAUGGCUGCGAUUGACGCUACGUUCGAAGACGAGAUUGGCCGCUUUGGCGCCGACAACAUGGGAGUCGUGAGCCACCUCCAAGGCGUCGAGAAGAAGCAAGAGAUUGUCGGCGCCUUCCGCGGGCUCCGCACGACGCUCGACGACCUCUCGGCGUCGGCGCUCCGGCACAAGGUGUCGGGCACGACGGCGCAGCACCUCGAAGGCGUUUUGCGCUACGUCUCGGCGCAGGCCAUUUGCGUUCAGUUUACGAAGAACCGGAUCGUGGACGCCGACACGAAGCGCACCAAGCUGCAGAUGGAGAUGCAGGCGACCGAGUCGUUGGGCGACGACGCGAGCAGCCUCGUGCAGCAGAUUGCAGAGCUCAGCGCGCUCAUUGCCGAAGACACGAAGAGCCUCCGCGCCGACAUGGCCCGCGAUACCGACCUUCGGACGCAGCUCGAUGCGUUGUUGGCGACGCUGCAGAGCGAAGGCGCAAAGGACGAGGCGACGGUGAACGACGUGACGGUGGCCGAGAUCCACGACCUCUUUGCCAAGAUCUUUGGCGUCUAUGCGCUCUACGAAGGAUCGGCCGACGAGCACGAUACGACCGUCGUUGAGCCCUCCGCUGCGCCGUCCGUUUUGGCGACCGAAGAAGACGAGCUUGAGAUGCAGAUCACGCAGGAAAACCUCGCCCGACUCGAACAAGGGCAACGACCGACCCGAGCGGCCAAGCACUAA